GGGAGCUGUCCGGUGCUGAAGUUGAAUUUCUCCCCUCUCUCUGCACAAGGACUAAAGCAGAAGAAGAAGAAGAAGAAGAAGGAACACACAAGCUAAGCGCACAUUCUUCCUCCGACGCGCCUCCGUCCCCGUCGGAGUGUUUCUGGAGAACCAGCACGCUGGCCAGGCCGUCGGGAAACGGCUGUGUUUGUGAGUGUGUGUUGAGCGUCGCACCACCAUGCCAAGGUCCUUCCUGGUGAAAAAGGUGAAACUAGAUGAUUUCGCCGGAGCUGGUCUGGAGAACGUCUACCGGCACAGGACAGACCUCAGCCUGCGGCUGCACGACAAAGCUAGAUACAUCAGCGACUACAUCAGCCCAGUUGCGUACGAUGGCGAGAGUGACGGCGGGAUCAAAGUGCCCUCCCCGGACCCCCUUUACGACGGCAUCCACAGCGACUACGGGGCCCCUGACUCCGAGUCGCCCGACAGUCCCGGCUCCGAAACCGCCGACGGCUACAUCAACGGGGACGCCGCCGUGAGCGAGGGCUACACUGUCGAUGCCUUCUUCAUCACCGACGGCCGCUCUAGGAGGAAAGCUAUCAGCAGUCCCCGGGCCAUCCAGAGGCACACCUGCAACGAGUGCGGCAAGACCUACGCCACGUCUUCCAACCUGAGCCGGCACAAACAGACACACCGCUCGCUGGACAGCAAGCUGGCGAAGAAAUGUCCGACGUGCGGCAAGGUGUACGUGUCCAUGCCCGCCAUGGCCAUGCACCUGCUCACGCACGACCUCAAGCACAAGUGCGACGUGUGCGGGAAGGCGUUCAGUCGGCCCUGGCUUUUACAGGGCCACAUGCGCUCUCACACGGGCGAGAAGCCGUUCGGCUGCGCCCAGUGCGGGAAGGCCUUCGCCGACCGCUCCAACCUGCGCGCUCACAUGCAGACCCACUCGGCCUUCAAGCAUUACAAGUGCAAACGCUGCAACAAGACCUUCGCGCUCAAAAGCUACCUGAACAAGCACUACGAGUCUGCCUGUUUCAAAGGCCCCUUCUCUCCUCUCGGCCCCCUAGAUGCAUGACCCCCCCCCCCCCCCCC